GAGAGGCGUCGCUGGUGUCCGGUGGGCACCGGGCGGAGGGGAGACGACACCCAGACCCGCCAUUGCAGCCGGCGGGACGGUCACGUGGGCCGCUGCAGAAGAAACUAAAAUCCUGCAGACGUCGGGAUCCCGAGCAGCCAUGGCUGAUCGAUCGAUGGGGACCCCACACCUGGGCCCGACUCCAGCGGCAGCGGCAGCGGCAACGGCAGAGAGCGUGGCGGACAUGGACCCGGUGGAGUACAUCCUCCGCAAGCGGCUGCCCCACAAGCUGCCCCGCCGCAAGAACGACAUCUACAUCAACAUGAAGACCGACUUCAAGGCGCAGCUGGGCCGCUGCCAGAAGAUGCUGGAGGCCGGCGGCUUCAGCGAGAUCUGCAUCCACGGCCUGGGGCUGGCCAUCAACCGGGCCAUCAACAUCGCCCUGCAGCUGCAGGCCGCCAGCUUUGGCGCCCUGCACGUCGCCGCCAACACCUCCACCGUCGAGCUGGUCGACGACUUGGAGCCCGAGCUGGACCAGGCCGAGGCUGUCACCCGUACCAGGAAUAAUUCCGCCAUCCACAUCAAGGUCUUCCUGGCUCUGCCCAAGGGUGAGCGGGUGGAGCCGCUGAACCCCCUGUAACUGAGGGGCUACGCACACACCCACGCUUCCGUUACCAGCCCAAUCCACUCAUUCAUCCAGGGCCAGUCCAGUGGGUACGUCCCAGCAUUUUGUGUCUAUCUUCGGUGUAAACUGCAUCUGCAGUUCCUUCCAACAUACUGUGCCCCAUCCAUUCAUUGAGGGCCAGCUAGUGUGUGUCUUCAUUGAGG